AUGGCUGAGACCAAGGACAAAAUCUGCAACUACUUGUUCAGUGUGGCAGAAACAACAGCGCUCAACCUUGCCAAAAACAUCGGGUUUUCCAGGGCCAAGGAUGUGAAUGCCUUCCUCAGUGCUCUGGAGAAGCUGGGAGAUGUCCACAAGGAGAACACGACCCCCCCACUGUGGUCCCUGACAGACAGGAAGCGCGAGCGGAUGCAAAUGAGGCUGAAAGCCAGUGCGGUGCUGCAGGCAGCAGAUCCCACUCCUGAGGCAGGUUUUCCACCUUCCUCUGUCCCUGUGUGUCCCCAGGAGAUGCCUGUGGCUUCACCAGCAGCAACAUCAGAAGGAGGUCUGGAAAAUGGGCAGCAGGCAGUGGGGCAGAUGGGGCAGAGCAAUGGUGAGGCAGAAGCAGCCCUGCUCGAGGACAUUAAGCCAGAAUUCUCCAGUUUGAGUAAUUAUGAUAACUCAAAAAAUGGUGAGUGGGCCACAGAUGAUAUCCCAGACAACCUGAACGCCAUCAACAAGCAGCCCCAUGAGUCGGAAUCCAUCAUGAAUUCCCAGUCUUCCCCCAGUUACGCUGCCCAGUUUGAAGCUCCUUUCCCAUGCACACCAGUAGAGAAACUCCUGGCUUGUCAGGAGAAGAACCCGGUGAGCGGCCUCACCGAGUACUCCCAGUUCACCUGCCAGCAGUGUGAGUUUGCCAUGUUGGAGCAGAGUGGACCAUCUCACGAGCCACGCUUCAAGUUCCAGGCAGUGAUCAAUGGGCGCCGAUUCCCACCAGCAGAAGCAGGGAGCAAAAAACUGGCUAAGCAGGAGGCAGCAGCCAAUGCCAUGAAGGUCCUGAUGAGUGAAGCAGAGAAUGGAGGACAUAGUGGGAUUAAAUGUGAAGACCAAUCUUCUUUCCACAGCUGUGAACCGGACCUGCCUUCACACCCAGAGCCAGAGCCACCCUCAGCUCCAGCUCCUCUCGACCUGCUUUCUGGGAAACACCCUAUCAGCUUGUUAACAGAGUAUGGACAGAAAUCAGGGAACACAAUUGAAUUCCAGCUGCUCUCUCAGGAAGGCCCACCCCACGAUCCCAGGUUCAGCUACUGUGUGAAAAUGGGUGACCAAAUUUUCCCUGCUGUGGUAGGAAACAACAAGAAGGGAGCAAAGCAAAUGGCAGCAGAAGUUGCUGUGAAGAUCCUUUCUGGAGAGUCUGUACCUCAUGUCUUGCCUGAACAGGUACAAAGAGCUUCUUUGUAAGACUCAAAUGAAUCCAAGGUGGCAAAAGCAAAGGGUGUUGGGGAGCUCAUCAAAUACCUGAAUGUCAACCCUGUCAGUGGCCUGCUGGAAUACGCCCGCUCCAAUGGCUUUGCUGCAGAGUUCAAACUCAUUGACCAGUCAGGACCUCCCCAUGACCCUAAGUUUGUCUACCAGGCAAAGGUUGGAGGCCGUUGGUUCCCUGCUGUGACUGCACACAGUAAGAAGCAGGGCAAGCAGGAGGCAGCUGACGCCGCGCUGCGGGUCCUGAUUGGGGAGACAGAGAAGAUGGAGCGCAUGGAAGGGCUGAAUGUCCCCGAGGUCCAUUCCUACCCAAACCAUUCUAUGAUUCUCCGAUUCUUGAGCCCUUCUGACCUCCCGGUGUCCCCGCUGCAGCUCCCGGUGCGCGGCAGCACCUUGCACGACCAGCUGGCCAUGCUGAGCCACCAGCGCUUCAACACCCUGACCGCGCGCAUCCAGCACAGCCUGCUGGGCAGGAAGAUCCUGGCUGCCAUCGUCAUGCGGAGGGGCCAGGCUGGCCUGGGAGUGGUGGUCAGCCUUGGAACAGGCAAUCGUUGUGUGAAAGGAGAAGAGCUGAGCUUGAAGGGGGAGACAGUGAAUGACUGUCAUGCAGAAAUCAUUGCUCGAAGAGGUUUUGUGAGGUUUCUCUACAGUGAGUUGAUGAAGUAUGACCCAUCCAACCCUUCUUCUUCAGAACAGAGUAUUUUUGAGCCGGCAGGAGGGAACAGACUAAAAAUAAAGAGCAGUGUUACAUUUCACCUCUACAUCAGCACAGCACCUUGUGGGGAUGGGGCGCUCUUCGAUAAGUCCUGCAGUGACCAGGCCAGUGUGAUGGGACAGACCAAACAUCAGCCCCUCUUUGAGAGCCCCAAACAAGGCAAACUACGGACCAAGGUGGAGAAUGGGGAAGGCACCAUUCCUGUGGAGUCAAGUGACAUUGUGCCCACCUGGGAUGGGAUCCAGCACGGGGAGCGGCUGCGAACCAUGUCCUGCAGCGACAAAAUGCUGCGCUGGAAUGUGCUGGGCCUGCAAGGGGCUUUGCUCUCACACUUCAUAGAGCCUGUUUAUCUCAGCUCUGUCACGCUUGGUUACUUGUACAGCCAGGGCCAUUUAACACGUGCCAUCUGCUGCCGCGUGGCGAGAGGUGGGAAUGCGCUGCAGAAAAAGCUCCAGGCUCCAUAUCACAUUAACCAUCCUGAGGUCGGGCGGGUCAGCGUGUACGACUCGGCGCGGCAGACGGGCAAGACGAAGGAGUCUUCAGUGAACUGGUGUCUUGCUGAUGAAAGCGAAGUGGAAGUCUUGGAUGGCACAAAAGGGAAAGUAGAUGGCCCAAAGCUGGAGGUGUCUCGUGUGUCCAAGAGGAAAAUGUUCGCCCUGUUCCAGCAGUUGUGUGCCAAGAACAACUGCACAGACCUGCAGCACCUCUCAGUGUACUCGGAUGCUAAGGAGGCAGCCAGGAUGUACCAGGAGGCCAAGCAGAACUUCUUCAGUAGCCUGGAAGAGCUGGGCUACGGCAGCUGGAUCCGCAAACCUCAAGAGGAAGAUAAUUUCUCCAUCCCUGAUGCAUAA